UGGACGACCAGAAGCUCGCUUCUAGCUGGCUGAUCGCUUCCUCUCAUAAGUGCACGGCCACUCUGCAAGCGCUUUCAAAGCCGCACAAGCGCGCACAAGGAGCGCUGGGGCCAAAUGGCGAGCACCGCGCCGUUGCUGCUGAUCUUCCGCCUGCUCCUCCUGGAGCUCACGCCGAUCACCGCAAGUGCAACCGACGAGGGGACACCCGGUGGAGAGGGACACGCAGCGGGGAUUCCGUGCGAGAUCAAGAGCGUCACCGUCUCCACACUGCCCGUGCUUCGGGAAAACGAGUUUAGCUUCACCGGCGUUGGAGCCUCCGGGAGCUCGGUCGGUGGAGGUGGCGAUGGAGUGGGCGCCUCCGCGGGAGUUGGGGGCACCGCUGGAGGAGGACAGGGUGGAGGAGGAGGAGGGGACUCGCGGCUCUUAUUAUUCGUCAGGACGGAUCUACCUGGGCGGAUUUCUGUCAUGGAUGAUCUCGACAAUACGGCUCUGCCUUACUUCGCCCUCGAGAUGUCAGGGAGGGGGGAAGACAUUUCCAAGGUUCACUGGAAGCAGCAGUGGCUGGAGAACGGGACACUUUAUUUCCACGUGUCCUUGAUGGAAUCGGAGGCGGUGGCCCAGACCACGCAGGCCUCGGCGCGGGAGCCAGUUCACAUCAUGCACGAACACAUGCAUCUGCUGCACAUAUCCGUUAUGGGAGGCCUCAUUGCCCUGCUCCUGCUCAUUCUCCUCUUCACCUUGGUCCUCUACACCCGCCAUCGAUGGUGCAAGCGUCGCAGGGUCCCCCAGAAGAGCGCCAGUACAGAGGCCACUCACGAAAUCCACUACAUCCCCUCGGUACUGCUGGGACCCCAAGGCCGGGACAGUUACCGGGGCUCGCGGAGCACCCACCAGCACGGCGGCUCCGUCAUCGGAGUGCCCAUCCGAGAGACACCCAUCCUGGACGAUUAUGACUGCGACGAUGACGACCCGGUGGUUCGCUCGCUGAACUCCACUCCCAACCAGCUGCACAAGAAAGUGAGCGACGGGACGAUCCAGGAUGACUACGGAGUCGGUAUUGGCUACGGAGGACACACGGAUAUCAAGGAGGAUGAACACACACAUUCUUUUGACAAAAGAGCCACUGACCCGAACAGAGAGGCCGUGGAAGAUUUGAUGCAGCGGUUCCAGGACAGCUUCCGCGUUCCUAAAACCCCGCCAGACAUUUCACGCUACCAACACGUUAUCCACAGCUCCUCUACCAGCCGCCGGAGAGUACCCAGCCACAACAGAGCAACCGCAGGCAUGUUUGGUCCUCAAGGAGAAUCAGGGUCAGAGCCCGAGGACGACAACAAGUUUUACACCGAGCAGCACAGAGGACGACGACGCAGCAAAGGCCACCCACACAGUCCUCUAAACAAGGUCACCCUGUCGCUGAUUACCAUCAGCACCUGCGUCGUGGCCAUUGUCUACGCCACGCAGGAUUCCUGCCCACUCACUGUCAAGGUCACGCUCCAUGUGCCUGAGCAUUUUGUCGCAGAUGGAAGUAGUUUUGUUAUGGCUAUGGGCAGCUUCCUGGAUGUUUCCAAUUGGCUCAACCCAGCCAAGCUCAUCCUGUACUAUCAGACCAAUUCGUCCACGCAGUGGGUCCGAGACUACUGUGGCCAGCGGACUACUGACCCCUGUGAUCAGAUUUGUGACCAGGACACAGGAGAAUGCAGCUGUCACGACGGCUAUUCGCCGGAUCUUGUCCAUAAACACCUCUGUGUUCGCAGUGACUGGGGUCAGAAUGAAGGGCCUUGGCCGUAUGCUAACCUUGAGAAAGGCUACGACCUGGUUACGGGCGAACAAGCCCCGGAAAGAAUUUUCAGAUCACUCUAUAGUCUGGGCCAAGGCUUGUGGCUGCCUGUCAGCAAGAGCUUUGUCGUGCCGCCGGUGGAGCUGUCAAUCAAUCCUAUCGCCAGCUGUAAGACAGACGUCCAGGUGACCGAAGACCCGGGAGAGGUCAGGGAUGAAGCCAUGAUGUCCACAUAUUUCGAAACCGUCGAGGACUUGCUGGUGUCUUUCGGGCCCGUCCGUGACUGCUCAAAAGAUAACGGCGGCUGCAAGAAGAAUUUCAAAUGUGUGUCGGACCGACAGAUGGACUCAUCCGGCUGCAUGUGUCCUAGCGGGCUGAGGCCGAUGAAAGAUGGCUCUGGUUGCUAUGACUACUCCAGGGGCAUCGACUGCACGGACGGUUUUAACGGAGGCUGCGAGCAGCUGUGUCACCAGCAGCUCGUGCCCCUUCAAGACGAGCCCGGCUCCAGCAAUGUGCUCAUGUACUGCGGAUGUGUGCAGGAGUACAAACUGGCGGCAGAUGGUCGCUCGUGCCUGCUGCAGUCAGAAAACUGCGAGGGUCCGAAAUGUCCGCGGCAGGCCGUCCACUUCAACGUGACCUUGUUUGGCGAGAUGCUGCAUGGAUAUGACAACAAAAGUCAACAAGUCAACCUGGGACAGAUCUUCCAAAUGACAUUCCGAGAUAACAACUUCGUUAAGGACUUCCCCCAGCUAGCCGACGGCCUCAUGGUUCUUCCCCUGCCGGUUGAAGAACAAUGCAGAGGUGUGUUAUCAGAACCGCUGCCAAAUCAGGAUCUCCUCACAGGUGUAGCCAAGUUCAACGAGGCCGCGGGCUAUCCCAUGAUUCAGCAGUGGCGAGUGCGCAGCAAUCUGUACAAAGUCAAGCUCAGUUCCAUCACCCUUGCUUCAGGUUUCGCCAAGGUUCUAAAGACGCUGUCAGGCGAGAGCACGCGCGAGGAGCUUUUGGCAUUCCUCAGGCAAUAUGGCAGCCACUACGUGUCCGAGGCGCUGUACGGCUCCGAGCUCAGUUGCAGCAUCUACUUCCCCAGCAAGAAGGCUCAGCAGCAGCUCUGGCUCCAGUACCAGAAAGAGGCAACAGAACAAGGGCUUGGUGGUGCUGGCGGGCAUCAUGAACUGAAAUCAGUGCCCUUCAUUAGCUACUUGAUGGCAUUGCAGAAGAGCCAGCUGCUGUCCGAUGAUGCUGUCAAUGGCGUGGAGAUCCGUUGCGAGGAGAAGGGCAGCUGCCCACUCAGCUGCCACCUAUGCCACCACCAAGCGGCGGCGGCGGCAGGAGGUGUGGUGGCGAGAGGCCGUGGCAGGGGCGGCGAACAACCCUCGCCUAUCCCUGUCUUGUUGGAAGUCAGCCGCGUGGUGCCUCUCUAUAGCCUGGUCCAGGACAACAUGACCAAAGAGGCCUUCAAGAGCGCCACAAUGAGCUCAUAUUGGUGUGCCGGAAAGGGCGACGUCAUUGAUAACUGGUGUCGCUGUGACCUGAGUGCCUUCAGCAGAGAUGGCCUGCCUAACUGCAGUCCCCUCAGGCAGCCGGUCUUACGCCUCGCUCCUUACCUGGAACCUUCGAGCACAAUGGUAGCCCUGGAGUGGUUGGACGUGGAGCCUCUGAUUGGCUGCAAAGUUUCAGACUACAUCAUUCAGCAUAAACGGGUGGAAGACCCCUCUGAGGCCGAAGUCUACACAGGUGAAGUGUUGAGCUUGUUGGAUGAUCUCUUCUCGGGUUUGGGUUCUUCCUGUGUUGUGCCCGGUAAAAGGAAUGGCGAACAUCCCCACACGCUGCUUUAUUCCGUUGUUUUCAAGUGCCUGGAGCCUGACAGUCUCUACAAGUUCACCCUCUAUGCAGUGGACAGCCGGGGUAGUAGCUCUGACUCCAGCUACGUCUCUGUUCGGACGUCCUGCCCGAUGGUUGACGAUAGCCGAGCUGAAGAGAUCGCAGACAAGGUGUACAACUUAUACAACGGCUACACCAGCGGCAAGGAGCAGCAGCUGGCAUACAAUACAUUGAUGGAAAUUCCUCCUCCACUGCUCUACCGAGUCCAGCACCAUUACAAUUCCCUAUAUGAGAAGUUUGGUGACUUUGUGUGGCGCAGCGAAGAUGAGCUGGGCCCCAGAAAGGCCAACCUGAUCCUCCGGAGGGUGGACAAGAUCAGCCACUACUGUCGUUCCCUACUGCGCAGUACGCAUAUCCAGAGCCGUACUGACACCAUGGCGUACGUCUACUGCCGCAGCGACGACGGACGGAUGCCCGCCAGCGGGGGCGCCUGGAGCGGCUCGUUGCACGAAGGCCGCACAGCCUGCACGGAGAAGCUUAUCUCCGUACAGCGUAAUACAUACAGCAACACCAAACUCCGGUGAGACACAAGAGUAGGGACGCGCUUGCGUUUUGUGAUGUCACUGACUGAUGCAUCAGCUGACGUCGUCCUGCAGCGGGUGUCUCUGCGAAAAAACCCAAUGGACAAAAAAAUUAUGUGUGUGGCAAAAACAGCACGUUGGGCGGCAAAACAGAAGAAAGAGCAAAGUGAAGAUGUAGAUAGAUGAUGAUGCAUAGUGAAAGCUAAUCCUCAGCCAAUCAGCCAGUCGUCUGUUUAAAAACCUUGAAUGUAACAUUGUAGUUGCUUUGUUCAUGCUUUUACGUGAAGCACUUAAAAGAGGAAAAAAAGUACAAAUCUAAAGAUAAGUUUGCGUUUGUUUUAAACCAUCGUUGUAAAAGGAGAAAUGUUAAAGCCAUUUGCUAAUUGUUUUUAGGUCUUAUGAAUCCGAACAAAAUAAUAGCCAAUUCUUUAAAAAAAUAUUGAGAAAUUAUGUCCAUGAUUGAAAGUUUACAAAGCUAUGAAUUUGGUGGGUGAAAAAAUGAGUAAAAUUCCAAAUUUUGCAAAAAUGCCGAACCUUUAGGCCUGACACAAAGUGUUCCACUCGAUUGCAAAGACAACAUGUUUUGUAGAGCUAACAAAAGACAAAAGCUUGAGAGUUUGACUACAAAAUGAAAUCCAAGAUUUUACAAGAACUCGUAAUUGCUUUGAAUGUGGUGUCUAUGCCCGUGUUUUUGUUUCUCUCUGUCUUUCUUGUCGCAGGAAAGUUUUCUGGUUAUAAAUUUUUCAAACGACUUCUUACAACAUUUUUACGAGAGUACAUUACAAGAUUGAACAACCCAAAGCAAAAAUAGAUAAACAUGUAAUUAAAAAAAGUGAGCAAUCAAUCUCCACAUGUUUGAUUUUUAUUUAUUCUUUGCCUCUAUUUCCAUUUCUGGUAUGUUCAUCUUGUGUUAUAUAAACUGUAAAGUUAAAUUAUAAUAUUGUACAUUGUAAACUUGUACAAAAACUGUAUUAUGUGGAUUUUGUCAUUUUUUUCUGAAGAAUGUGAAAUAUUAAAAAAUGUACAUAUAUAAA